CUGGCAGGGGCCGUACCGUACCUUUCUACCUUUUACUAGGUCAUCACUUCCUGGUCACCUCUUGAAUCGUGUACCAGUAAUUCUGUCUGAAAUUAUUCUUGGCGACACGAAGCUGCUGGCCUUCAAUAACCGCUCAUUUAACAUACCCUCUGCACUUAUUGGUACCCUGUAUGAUACAUAAUUGGCCUCGAUGCGAUCGUUUUUCAAUAAGCCUUCAUGGGCAAGCAGGGGGGACGAACAAGCAGACUUAAAUUUUUACCGUCAUGCUGGUCAAGUCUACAAUGACAUUAUCACUGCAUACCAAAAGGCACGUGCUGGACGACUCUCAGCGGAAAAAGAUAGCCCCAAACGUCGAUGUCUUCCUUCUAGACACUCCCCAGACAAUAGCAUAUCCAAGCCCAUCAAUAAUGGGGAAGUGUCGCGCAGUGCGGAACAAUCACCGAAUAUUGAGGCCGGCUGUUGUGAUGAUUUUGAAGAAAAAAAUAACAGCAACAGUCAUCAAUCCCGAACUACAUCCAUUGGUAUCUCGGGUACAACUACAAUAGAGGCCGACAUCCAAAGUUGUGAGUCAUCGACAGACAUGAAGCUGAUUCAUAUUGAGACCCCUGCUGCGGGCUCACAGCUUGCGGGGGGGGUAAAGGAGAAGACAAAGGCCCCCAUCAAAGGCUCACAUCGCCAGAAUCCCCAGGAACUUAAUGAAACUCCUAUGUCUCAUAACCACCGCCUCGCGCAUAAUGAAGCGAUAGUUCAGAUUCUGAUUACUUCAAAAAUUACAAACACCAAACCAUUGAUUGUUCGCCGGAGAAUGCACCAGCCAUUAAAAGAUGUUCGCCUUGCAUGGUGUAACCGUCAACAAUUUAGCAAAGAAAUGCAAGCUUCAGUCUUCCUAACUUGGAAGGGUAAGAGGCUGUUUGACGUUACCACAUGCCGAAGUCUAGGAAUACAGACAGAUCGUGGUAUUUUUGUCGGGAUGAAGGAAUAUGAUCCUUUUCAGGUAGAUGGCGAGAAUGUACAAGUUCAUAUGGAAGCUGCCACAGAAGAAAGUCUCAGCAAUAAUCUGCGCCACUCACCGACUGUGACCGACACCGAGUCUACCUUUGAGCCUGCUGGUUUGACUGAAGGAAGUUCAUCCGCCGACAAGGUUACUCUAAAGUGUCCUACUUUUGGUGAUCUGAAGGUAACACUUAGCUUGGACAUGCAAGUAUCACAGUUAGUUGUUGACUUCCGCGAUGCCAAGAAAAUCCCUGCAGGAUGUGAAGUGUUCCUUGUGUUUGAUGGUGACCGCUUAGAUCCACUUUCUAGCCUUGCAGACUACGAGCUCAUUAAUGAUGAUCUCGUCGAUGUUAUAAUCAAAUGAAUACUACAGGCAGACCUUACUGAAUAUGAAUAACCCCGCAUCUCUUCAGUUUAAUGAAUCAGUUGAAUAUGCCUUCACUAGCUAUUCACAAUAAACUCCGGCUUUCUUCUCUUUGUGUUCUUCAAUAUCAAUCCAUGUUCCCUACUAGAAUAGUCACAGUGCGACCUUGCUAAGUGCACGGCACGUGACCCUACACACAGUUAAAAAGUCUUUCACCCUUAUAACCCUC